AUGUGGCACAAGCACGACAAACCAUACAAAUUCCACAAAUUGAUGAACAGAGCGUUCGAGGACAUUGACCUUGAGCAAGAUGGUGUGAUCACGAAGGAAGAGUUCGUAAAGAUGCACUCUGAUGACUUGACAACGGAAGAGAUAGACUUUAUCUUCGAGAAGUUCGAUAAGAACAGGAGUGGCAAAUUGAAUAAAGCGGACAUCCGAGAAUGGCUGAAGAACAAAUUUCAUGGAAAAAUGGGUCUAAGAAAACUCGUCCGGCAUGCAUUUGAAAAAGUUGAUUUGGACGAGGAUGGUACAAUCACGAAGGAGGAGUUGGUAAAAGUCAAUUCCGGACACCUCACCGAGGCUGAUAUCAACAAAAUAUUCGAGGAAUUCGACAAAGAUAAAAGCGGCAGGCUGGAUAAAUCCGAAAUUCGUGCUUGGAUGAACUCGUUCGGACAUGGAGUAAGGAGGCUUGUUCAUCGCACAUUCCGCAAAAUGGAUCUCAAUGGGGACGGAUACAUUACCAAGGACGAGCUUCUGAAGAGCAAUGAAGGCAGAUUGACUGAGGAGGAGGUGACUGUCAUAUUCGAGCGAUUCGACAAGGACAAAGAUGGAAAGUUGAGUAAAGCGGAAGUUCGGGUGUGGUUACAGUGCGAAGGCCCUGGCCCAUUCGGUUUUCGCAAGCUCGUAAGAAGAGCGUUCGACGGUAUGGAGCUGGAUAAAGACGGCAAAAUAUCCAGAGCGGAUUUCGAAAAAGCUAAACACGGUCAGCUGUCCACGGACGAAAUCAAUAUCUUGUUUGAACGAUUUGACAAAGACAAAACCGGUUUUAUUGACAAAGCUGAAGUUCGAAACUGGCUACAGUCGGAGCGUCAUCAUGGGUCAUUCGGUUUCCAUAGACGUGUGGCAAGAGCGUUCGAAGGUAUGGACUUGGAAACAGACGGCAAGAUAUCCAAAGAGGAGUUCGCAAAAGCGAAUGAAGGUAAACUGAAGCCGGAACAAAUCAACUGCAUAUUUGAACGAUUUGACAAAAGCAAAACUGGUUUUAUCGAGAAAGCCGAAGUUCGAACCUGGCUAAAGUCGGAGCAUCCUCAUGGGCCAUUCGGUUUCCACAGGCUCGUGGGAAGAGCGUUCGAAGGUAUGGAACUGGAAAAAGACGGCAAGAUAUCCAAAGAGGAGUUUGUAAAAGCCAAACAAGGUCAAAUGACCGAGGAACAAAUCAACGUCGUAUUUGAUCGAUUUGACAAGAACAAAACAGGUUUCGUCGAGAAAGCUGAAGUUCGAGCUUGGUUACAAAAGGAACGUCCUCGCGGUCCCAGAAAAUGCAUGAUGCGCAGAUUGAUAGAAAGAGCGUUCAAGGAUAUGGAUCUGAGCAAGGAUGGAGUGAUCACGAAGGAGGAGCUUUUGAAAUCGAAAUCCGGUCAGCUGACCACAAAAGAGGUGGAUGAGAUUUUCGAGAAAUUUGAUAAGAACAAAAGCGGCAAACUGAAGAUGGCGGACGUCCGAAAAUUUUUGGAAUGUAAACGUUGCGAUGAAUGGGGGCGACGCUAA